AUGAACCCCUCGUGCACGCGCCCCUUGCGAAUCGCUUCCAUCGCAAGCUUUUUGAUCGCUUUCCCGCUAUGCAUCGCUCACGGUGUGCUAUCUCACAGCACAGUGCCGGCUGUUGGCCUUGUUCCGCUCGGCACAUCGGCCAGCGCAGCUCUCUGGUUCCUAUUACGCCGGCCAAGAGGCAGCGACAAUGAGGCUGCUGGGGAAAGUGCAGAUAGCUCCGGGGACCAGACAACAGAAAAUAGCGCGGAAGCCCGUCGGCCAAUACUUGUGUUUUUUGUUGAUACGGUGCACGCGGUGGCUCUCAUGGUGGUCCUGGUCUUCACCUGGAUCCAUACCCGACGAAAGGGGAACGCGGCGCUGAGUAUGCUCGCUGCAUAUGCGACCAUUCCGCUGCUUGUCGAUUUCUUCGCACAUCUCUAUCUCGCCGUAGGCGCAUUCUAUACCGGCUUCGCGCUCCGUGAUCUGAUGCAAUACCUGGCGUGGCAGACCGUCCCGCCCGACUGUCCUAACUGCAGUCAUCGUCUCCGACCCGCGUCGCGUCCGUCGAUUCCUUGGUUCCAGUCGCAGGGCAGUGGUAACCCGCGCAACUGGAAGCUCAAGAUGCCGUCCAUGCCCGCCAUCAAGACCCCCGAGUGGAAAGUGCCCGCUUGGCUCCCGGGCCGCAACAGAGAUGCUGAUGCUAGUCUCUUUACCGAUGAAGAGGGUCGAUAUAGAGAUUAUCCGGAAGAUGGGGAGCCGUCCGAGGUUACUUCGCCUGAGCCCGUCGACGUUAAACUGCGCCAGCAUGGUAAUGUUGUAGAAAUCCCUAAAAUUUUGGCGGAGAGAUCCAUGGGUUAUCUCAGGACAUUCUGGACCAACGCCACGCUUACAAGGUCAAGGAAUUCCUGCAGCGAGAAUUCGGGAGUGAUCAAUGAUUUGACCGAAAUCGGAUCAUUUAAUCUUGUCGGCAAGCCGAAGCCUAGCUAUGACGAAUCCCUGCACGAAGCCUAUGAGUUAGAAAUAAAGGCAAAAGACGGCAGCCCUCUCCGGUUUGGUGAGCUCGUGGCGGGAAAAGGAGACACAAUAACUACGAUCGUCAUUUUUGUCCGCCACUUCUUCUGCGUCUACGAUCAACACUACGUUCGACACCUCGCCACAAAUAUGACCCAGACUCUUUUGGACACAAUACCACACAGCGCAAGACCAGCACAGGUCAUAAUAAUCGGGUGUGGAGACUAUUCUGUUAUCGAGCCCUACACGGACGAAACCACAGACGCCUUCCCUAUAUACUCCGAUGGAUCAGGGAAGAUAUAUGAGAAGCUACAUAUGAAAAGAACCACGCAGGGAUUUACGACGCCGCCACCAUACGCGCCAGAGUCCUUUACUAGCGCGCUUGCUCAAUACGUCAAGCAGAUGAGCAAAAACUUGAUGGCGGGGCUCAAGGGGGGUGCUAUCGAUCAGCAGGGGGGCGAGUGGAUCUUUCACCGUGGAAAGCUUCGGUAUUCGCAUCGGAUGGAGGGGGCGAAUGAUCACCUUACUGCAGAACAAUUGUUAGAUAUAUUGAAAGCGGAUCAGGACCUGGAUAGUCGUCCAUCCUCUGGGAUGUCGCAAGGUCAGGAAAAGGGAUAUUCAUAG